AUGCCCGCGGCCCGGGCCCUCUCUCUGUUAGAGAGUCCGGCCCUGGACUAUUGUGCCCGCAGCACCCCCCUGGUGGCGGGCCUACUGGUAUCCUUAAGGUUAGUGGACAGGAGAUUCCGCACAAUACGGCGUAAAGGCUUUUUCACGGGCGAGCACAACGGGAAGCUGCUGCUGCUAGGAGCCCAGACCAAGCCAGUUCUCAGCCCCCCUCCCCUUCUGUUGCCCAAUCCCCCUCUUCUUCCCAGUCCCCUUCUCAGCCCCCCUCCCCUUCUGUUGCCCAAUCCCCCUCUUCUUCCCAGUCCCCUUCUCAGCCCCCCUCCCCUUCUGUUGCCCAAUCCCCCUCUUCUUCCCAGUCCCCUUCUCAGCCCCCCUCCCCUUCUGGUGCCCAAUCCCCCUCUUCUUCCCAGUCCCCUUCUCAGCCCCCCUCCCCUUCUGUCGCCCAAUCCCCCUCUUCUUCCCAGUCCCCUUCUCAGCCCCCCUCCCCCUCUCUUUACCAAUACCCCUCUCUGUCCCCCUCCCCCUCUGAAGGCCAAACUACCACUCCAGCCCCCUCCCCCUCUCUUUCCCAGUCCCCCUCUGGCCCACUCCCCCUCUGUUGCCCAAACAGCCUCUCUGCCCCCCUCCCCCUCUCAAUCAGACCCACCCUCUGAAAAAAGCACCCCAAUCCCUCCUCCUUCCCCAAUCCAGCCUCCUUCCCCAAUCCAGCCUCCUUCCCCAAUCCAGCCUCCUUCCCCAAUCCACCCUCCUACCCCAAUCCAGCCUCCUUCCCCCAUCCAGCCCCCUUCCCCACCCAGUGAGUGGGCAGAAGAAGCCCCUGCGGAGAUUCCGGGGAGUCCGCAUGUGGCAGAUGAGAAUGGUGCCGUUGGAGAUCCCAAAAGCCUGGCAGGCAUCGUGGCCAGCCUAAAGGCCCAUUUGCAGGCCAUGCUGGCAGACCUAGAAAGGCUGCAAAAUUUUUGUUAAUUUU